GAAGUGAUUACCACGCUACGCAACAUAAAGGCUUACCCCCAGCUUUGGGCCCUAAUUAGUUCACUUAGGGUCCUUUAUAAGACAUUGGUGGGGGACAGGAGGGGACAGACCCUUACUACACAGCCAGCAGAUCAGCAGGAUAGCAGCAGCAGUCUUGGAUCCUAUCCUAAUCCUUGGCCUGCUGCGACACCAAAACAAACCGACCUGAAGAUUAUCUGCUUUCCUGAGAAUGCCACACUUAACUGACUGUAGUUACUACAUGAUGCGGGACACAACCAGAGCUUCGAAUGUACAGAACCACCUGGAGAACUCCAAGUUUCACCUCCACCAGACCCAGACUCAGCAGGUCAAGCAGUAUCUGACGCUGGGCUCCAAGCUGGCUGCCUCGGUUGGGCCGGGCCACGCCGUGCCGCACCCCCACACCCCCGGCCAGCCACUGGCUGCCGUGCCAAUCAUGAGGAAUGGGCACAUGCCCUCCGUCAGCGACGGCAGCAACCCAAACAGCCCGGUCACCCUGCUCACACUGGCCAACCACGACAGCGAGUUUCCAAUGGAUGAAGUUAUUGAUGACCUUAUUAGUCUUGAGUCCGGUUUCAAUGAUGGGGGCUUGGAUUGCAUGGAGCCUAACAUCAUAAUGCAAAACAAUGUGUCCCUCGGUAGCAGCAUGCUGGAUGUCUAUGGGGGUGAACAAGAACACGACACAAGGGUGAUGGCCAAGGAAAGACAAAAGAAAGACAACCAUAAUUUGAUUGAAAGAAGGCGGAGAUACAACAUCAACUACAGGAUCAAGGAGCUGGGGACGCUCAUACCAAAGUCAAACGACCCCGACAUGCGCUGGAACAAAGGCACCAUUCUCAAGGCCUCGGUGGAGUACAUUAAGUGGCUGCAGAAGGAGCAGCAGCACGCCAGGGAGCUGGAGAACCGGCAGAAGAAACUGGAGCAGGCCAACAGGAGGCUGCUGCUCAGGAUCCAGGAGCUUGAGAUCCAGGCAAGAGCCCAUGGCCUCCCAAACAUGGCCACUGCUAUGGGGACAGUUGAGUUGUCCUCCCACCUCCUCAAACAACAGCAGCAGCAACAACAACAACAACCCCCACAGGCCCAGCAGCCUCCACAGCCGCCUCUGUACUCGGAGGAGAUAAACAGCGACUACCUCCAGCGGACAGCCACCGCGGCGGCCAUGCCGUCCAUCCCUGCCGCCGGAGGGCCGCAAGAUCAUGUGGUCGGUGCUGACGGCUCGACCACGUUCUCUGACCCGCUGUCCCACUUCACGGACUUCUUCAGUGCCACGCUCAAGGAGGAGCACCGGCUUGACGAGAUUCUGAUGGACGACCCACUCUCGCCGUUCGGAGCCGACCCGCUCCUCUCAGCCGGCUCGCCUGGGGCCGCAUCCAAGGACAGCAGCCGCAGGAGCAGCUUCAGCUCUGCAGAGGGUGACGACCUAUGACAGGUGACAACCCCCCCAUCCCCCACCCCCACCCCGUGACCUCACUGUGGGUUGCGAAAGCAACAUCUCCCCACGUUAAAGGGCAUAUGCAGAGCUGUUGAGAGAGCAUUUGAUGUCUACCUGGCACGACUUAGGCAUGACUUAGACUACCGCUGACCUGGCUGACUGAGAUUUUAAAGCUACUAUGAGGAGUUUUUUUUACUCACUUUAAUUUUGAUGACCGUCCCAAGCAAACAAGACCAUCAGCAAGAAUAUUAGAUAAGGUUAUGAAACGAUUUCAAAUGUUUGUCGGAUGCCUCACCAAAUCUGAUGAAAUGAUUUACGGCACUUGCAAACAGCUGUUUCAGCAAAACAUCAAGACAUCCCUCACUCAUCUCGUCAAAACAAAUGUACAAGAUACCAGAGGGUGAAUGGAGAUGUUUGCAACAGGAGGCAACGCUUACGCGAAAUUGAAGUCGAUCUUUCGCAAAAACGCUACUGCUUUUG